AUGUGGGCGUAUGUGUGGUGGUGUAUAGGGUUGUUCGUUGUCACAAUCGUUCUCCGAAAACUGUUAUCCGUCAAACCAAGUAAAGUCAAAUUCCACUUCAAGUUCAUUUUAGGUUACUUUCUUACGUUUUUGAUUGCAUUAGUAGUUUGGCCACUAAUGUUGUUAAGGCCAAAAGACGUGAAGAACGCAAAGGCAACUGCGCAGAUAGCAAAACAUAUAACCAAGUUAAUUAACGUACGAUGGGAGUUGCGGAAUGGACAAAUUUUGUCCGAAGACAGGGGCGCUAUUAUAGUGUCCAAUCAUCAGUACUCACUGGAUAUCUUGGGUAUGUUUAACAUUUGGCACGUUGUAGAUAAACUAGCGGCAGUUGCUAAAAAGGAAAUAUUUUACAUUGGCCCUAUUGGACUAACUGCUUACUUUGCUGGGACGGUGUUCAUAGACAGAAAAAACGCGAAAAAUGCUUAUAAACAACUGAAAAUCACCACUGAAGUCAUGGUCAGGAAAAAGACGAAGUUGUGGCUGUUUCCCGAGGGAACAAGAAACAGGAAUAAGACAGGGCUGUUACCUUUCAAGAAAGGAGCUUUCACUGUAGCUUUGAGCGCGCAAGUACCCAUCAUUCCAGUCGUAUUCUCGCCGUACUACUUCAUAAAUGAACAGAAAUCCAUUUUUAACGAAGGUCAUAUCAUAAUCAAGUGUCUAAAUCCGAUUCCAACAACGGGAUUAACAAUGGAUGACCUACCGAAACUCAUGAAUCGUGUUCACGAAUUAAUGGAUAUUGAGUUUAAGAAACUUUCAAAAGAGGUCCUUGAUCCUUUACCCCCGGAGUAUCCUCUUGCAAGUUUUUUGAGAAAAAUGCAAUAAAAUAUUUUAUCUACACACAUAAUCAU